AUGCUGUUGAAACUAUUUCUAUUACAGCUCCCUGGCUUCAUAUUUGCUGAUGGAGUUAAAAUCGCGUCGUUUAGAUUUGAAUACGUAAAAGCCGAGUUAAUCCUAGCUCUGUUUAUCUUGCUGAUCGGAUUUUUCAAACUUUGUAAGUGAUAAAUAUAAUGUAAUGAAGGUAAUUUAGUAUAUCAUCAUUACAAAUAUCCGAGAGCGCUAAUUCCGGAAAGCUGUUGUCUCAUUAUCCUCGGAAUCCUGCUUGGGCUGGUGUUUUUGUGAGUCCAAGAAGCGAUUACAAAAUACGAUAUAAACACAUUUACAGUUACUUCAACACAGAUAGCCACACGAAUGCCGUUAAGUUUCUGGAGUUUGAUUCAAAAAUCUUCUUCUUUUUCCUUUUGCCGCCGUAAGAAGAUGGCUAUAUAAGAGAUAUACAUAAAAAUGUGUUUAGAAUUAUCCUCGAAUCGGCCUACAGUUUGAACGACAAGGCGUUCUAUCAUAAUGUUGAUACGAUCAUUGUCUUCGCCGUUAUUGUAAGAGGAUCUUUUCAUCGCAUACAAGGCAACUUUAGGGCACAAUAAUGAAUAUAAUCCUUGUUGGCGGUUCCCUGAUUGCAUUGGACAGAUUUGGUUUGUUCGGGACGUUAGGAUUCAGUUCUUUGGAUUGUCUUUUGUUUGCCUCUCUGAUUGCUGCAGUUGAUCCAGUCGCGGUAACUUUGAGCUAAUUUUAUUAUUUUGAGUACAGGUACUGGCAAUAUUCACAGAAGUCGGGGUCAACAAAACUUUGUAUUUUAUGGUCUUUGGGGAGUCAUUACUCAAUGGUAAGCUUUAAUAAGAAACAAACGGCAUUUGCGGCUAUUUUGUCAGGCGUUAAUGAUGAUUAUCUUACUUUAGAUGCUGUCACUGUCGUGUGUUAUCAGUUGAUUGGCGAUUACAAACAACUGGAGGCAAUUACCAUUUUCGAUGUAAGUAAAUUAAUAAGUCGUCAACUCUCAGGUUUUUAUGGGGUUCGCUUCAUUUCUGAGUGUCAGUUUUGGUGGAUUAUUGAUCGGAGUUCUCAGUGGGCUACUUUCCUCUUACGUUACCAAGUUUACGAUCAGUGCUAGAGGUAAUGAAAUGUAAACAUAACGUUCAGGACAAUUUAGUUGUGGAGCCUGUAAUUUGCCUUGGAACUGCUUACCUUUCUUAUGCCUGCAGCGAAUUAUUUCAUUUCUCUGGAAUUAUUGCGUAAGAUCAAUCAACAGUAAUUCUAUUAUAUCAUAGAAUAAUAUGUUGCGGCAUAGUCCAAGCAAGAUAUACCAUGAAAAAUCUGUCAGCCAAAUCAAACAUUUCCAUCUCUUAUGCAGUGAAAGUAAUCAGUUCCGUCUCAGAAUCCCUGAUUUUUAUUAUCCUGGGAGUAAUGCUGGUGAAUGAAAAGAAUUGGUUUUGGAGUGAUUGGCACCCCGUUUUUGCUUUUACUUCUCUCAUUCUUUGCGUUUUGGCAAGGUUCUUGGGUAUGUUAUUGGUAAUAAAUUUAACUUUUUUAGUCGUAUUUGGGUUGAGUUACAUUGUGAACAAGGCGACUAGUGGAAAUCGCUAUAUAUCCUUCAAAGAGCAAAUUACUAUGGUAAGAAAUACUUUUUUGUCAUCCAAAAAUAUACUUCUUCUCUAGGCGUACGGUGGACUUCGCGGGGCAGUCUCUUUUUGCUUGGCCUUUAUGAUCAGCGAUGAAAGUCCGGCCAAGUCUACAAUCUUGGCAGCCACUUAUCUUGUCAUCCUCUUUACUGUUUUUGUUCAGGUAGGCUCAAAAUAUUCACCAUCAAAGGCAAUGAUAUUUCCAGGGAUGCAGCAUUGAAGGAAUGGUUAAGGUUUUGAAUAUUACGCUUGCUAAGAAAGAUGAUCAAUACAAAUUAUUCAAGGCCUUUAACAAGGGAAUGGUCGGGCAUUUGGCUGAAGGAGUUGAGGAGAUCCUUGGCGUCAGCAACACUUCUAUUUUUGUGAGUAAUGAAUGGUCGUGCUAAAGUGGGGUUUUACAGAAGACGAUAGGAGAGAUCAACAAAAAAUAUAUCCAGCCGUGUUUGGAGAGGGAUUACCAGAGAAAAGAAGCGUACGAUCGGCUGGUAUCUUUGGAGAAUGAGGCGAGACUGAAGUAAGUAGCUUCUAAUCAGCGAUAUAAAACUUUCUCAGGGAAAGUCUUCUGGAUAACAGCACUAUUACCCGGAAUAUUCAUCUUGGUAUAGCGUAAGUGUCAGAUUCAAUUUGAAUUUUAAUUUUGAAACGGUUAAAUUGUCUUUUAGCGGAAGUAAAGCAACCUUUGACAUUGUAAAUGAGCAUAAUGAAGAAUUGGCUCGGAAGAAAUCACACGGGGACAAGAUCAAGAUCGAAAUGACUGAUGAGGUGAGUGAAAACAUCGAAGCGGAGGUGGACGACCUCAUGAAUAAUAUUGAUAAGAUAAAUGCACUAGUCAGUGGAAGUUAUAAUGUAAGUGCAAGUGGUUUAAUAUUACAUUUGUAGUAUCAUCCCGACAGAAAUCUGACCAAUGACGAUGACCUGGAUCGAAGACACAGCAUCAAAGCUUGGCAACGACAGAUUGACCGAUUGAAGGAUCUGAGUUUCCAUGAAACGUAUGUUUUUGCUGCAGGGACAUAAGCCGAGUGUUGGUCGAUGGAAAUUCGGGGAAGAUCGCAGGAGAAUCACAGACGAAUUUAGUUUGGUAGAACUCGGAUAUACUCAAAUCUCAGACUUUGCCGAACCCUGGGGUUUUUGGUCACCAAAUUUUCUAAAUGAUGUUUACAAAAUUGAUGACUUUGUUUCUGAUUUCAGCAAAAAGAAACGUCGAUUACUGGGUCUGAGAAGAAGCAGCAAUGUGAAGAAGAUGAGUAUGCGCCAUGGAAUCCUUGCGACUUCGGCUGGAGCUAUGACUGUUGGAAACAAGUCCUGA